AUGAUCUUAGAGACAGAGCGGCAUUUUGAAAAUGUAGCCCGCACGUUGUCGUCUUUGUCACGAAAAACACUGAUUGCAAUAAUAUGCAAGUCAUCAGCUUCUUAUACUUUAAUUUUCGAUAUGCUUUUAAAAACCGACAUUCGUCAACAAUGUGUGCAGUAA